UAGCAGGUAGAGGUCACGCAUAAAUAGCACGCAUAAAACACUGUGACCACAAGCGCGUGAUUAAUUUUGUAGCACAAGAGAUCAGUGAAGGUGGUGAAAACUACGCUGUGUCCAAGAACACGGACCUUCCUUCUAAGUCACAAGAGAAAAGCUUUAGAAGCUUGGGAGAGGAAAAACAACAUGGGUUACAGCGUUCAACAGUUUAUCGAGAAAGUUGAUCCGAAUUUACUGUGCGGUAUUUGCGCGGAGGUUUUAGAACGGGCCGUGCUGACACCCUGUGGGCACUCGUUUUGUGGAGUGUGUUUGGAAACGUGGAUGAACGCGAAGCUGGGGGAGAACGAGAAGUGCCCUGCGUCGUGUCCUUCGUGUCGCGCGGAUCUCUACCAAGGCGACACAAUACCCGUGCUAGCUCUACGUGGGAUAGUCGACGGCCUUAUCGUUCACUGCCCGAACGCAGAUAAUGGGUGCAAACUGGUGUUGAAGUUAGAGGGCGUUGAGGGACAUCUAAAGUCGUGUUCACACGCGCCGGUACAAUGUUGCGGGUGCUCUGCUUUUCUUAAACGUGGCGAACUGGCGGAGCAUCAUAACACUUGCGCGGUGAUCAAUAAACUCUCCAUUAUCAAAUACUUUACAAAGGGGAACGCUUCCGUGGACGAUCUUACCAGUCAGAUCACUGUAUUAGAGUUGGACUUACAGAAAACAAAGGAAGCUCUCAAGGAGUCCGAGAGCACCGCUAAAAAAGUUGAAAGGGAACUAAGGGAAAUGAAAUUCCGGAUGCAGAAUUAUUCCGAGGAAGAAGAGGAUGAGUUUGAUAGCGAUUUUGACCCGGAGUACAGCUAUGGUUACUCACCUCAAAGUAUAGCGCAGCUCUCUAGUCUAAUAUCGCGGUAUUUGCUCUCUAAGCCGUAUUAUAUUGACCGCGGGUACACAUUUGCCGCGCUCAAGCGCUGCUUUGACUACUACCAUAGCUACCCUGGCUACUCGCAAGAUGUGAAUAUGCUCAUAGCUACGGCGUUCGCGAGCAAUUGGUUCACAGAAAGCCAAAGAAACAAUUUUGAAAUAUGGCUAGAAAGUAUCGCCAGGGAUAGAUAUUUACGGUAGCCAAACAAUCUUGCUAUAUUCAGGACAUAAUUCAAAUUUUUGUAUAAACACAUGUGAACAAAGAGUUCUAUCAUAUAGAGAUAACGAAUGCAUUAGAGCGUAGAUUAGAAAACUAUGAAUACAAUAUGAUGUAAAGCUAUGAAAUAAAUAAUCGCGUUAAAAUA